AUGUUGCGACGAGCUCUCUCUACAUCACCGACAUUAUCUUCAGCAAUAUCAACCAAUAAUCUGUUGUUCCGAGAUUAUAUUCAACGCUCCCUGUACGAUCCGGUCGGCGGCUAUUUUACAAGAGGUCAGUCACCCGUGCUCGGACAUGAGACGAAGAUCAACCUCUGCGAAUUGCAGUCCCGAGCAGCAUAUGAAAAAGCGGUUGCAGCGACGUACGCUAGCGCGAGCCAUGGGUGGAUGACGCCGGUUGAACUAUUUUCCCCCUUCCUAUCACGCGCCGUGGCGCAUCGCAUCCAUGCCGUAAACCGCGACGAGAGCAAAGUGAACAUCAUUGAGAUCGGCGGAGGGCGAGGAACUCUCGCUGCAGACAUCCUUGCACAUUGGUCGGAGGUUGCACCAGACUUUCUGCGGAGGGUGCGGUAUAACUUGAUCGAAGUAUCUCCCGCACUUGCCAAGGUGCAGUCAGAAAACUUGAGGCAUUGGGUCAAUUUAGGCACCGCGAAAGUUCAUAACGUAGAUGCGAGAAUUUGGUUUCAAUCACUGAGCUCGGAUGCCCAGCAAUCAGAGGAAAUGAGAUCUACUCCCUGCCAUGUUGUGGCAAUGGAGGUGCUUGACAACCUGCCUCAUGAUUUGCUGCGGCUAGGCGCUGGUAGCGUUGAGCAGGCUGUGGCGAUUCUUUCAGAGAACCCCCCAUCAGACUCUACUGCUAUCAUGCUAGAGUGGAGGUCAGAGCUUGAUGAAACCACAAGUGCAGCUGUGAAGGCUUUUGACCUUCUACGUUCGGACGAGAAUGAUCACUUUAUUUCGCAACAGCGCGACCCAUCAUUCCUGUCUCGAGCUCGCGUUAGUUUUGAGAAUAUGUUGACGGGUGGAAAGCGUGAUUUAUGGGUGCCCACGGCAUCAUACCAGUUACUGAAGGCCAUCAGCUCGUCAUUGUCUCAUGCAGGUAUGACUAUAAGUGACUUCAAUAGUUUCCCGGGUGCUUUACCGGGUGAAAAUGCCCCUGUCGUCCAGCGCGUACAACAGGGAUCAACUGUAGUAUACGAAUCAGUCACAGCCGCCCCAUUUGGGAAAGUGGAUAUAAUGUUUCCAACAAACUUUCACGCUCUGCAAAGAUGUCACAAUUCGUUCGCUGGAAACGGAGUUUCUGAAAAUUCCUAUUUGUACCGCAUCCUGAGCCAGGAAAAAUUCUUUGAGGAGCAUUCAUCCGAAGCGUCCAUCAAUGCCACCACGUGCAAGGAUGGUUACAAUCCAGUGUUACAAGAUUUCGAGAAUGCAAGCUUUCUUUUAGUUGACAAGACUUCGAAGGUAAGUGCGGGCUAG